ACAAUGGCUUUCCUUCCUUCCUGGGUUCAUAUAUUAGUUGGUUGCUUUUCUGCUUCUCUAGCAUGGGCUCCCAAUCUCUCGUAUAUGGAGCCCCCUCUGUGGAAGGAGAGUCCUGGUCAGUUCAGUGACUACAGGGUGGAGAAUGGGGUGUACAUUGUUGAUCCAUGGGUAUUCCCUGAGAGAAUGGGGCUGUAUAAAAUCCUAUUGAACCAGACAGCCAGGUAUUUUGAAAAAUUUGCACCAGAAAAUGAACAAAAUAUUUUAUGGGGAUUGCCUCUGCAGCAUGGCUGGCAAUAUAGUUCAGGGCACAGCCUCCAAUAUGAUUAUUAUUCUAAACCAGAAGCACGUUUUGAAAGAAAAUGGCCUGUGGCUGUGGGAUAUAUAGGUGCAUCGCUCUUUCCUACCACCUUGACCGCAACAUACAACUUCCAGAAGGGCCUGCCACCACGAGUCCUUGUUAAUACCGACGUAGUCCCUUUCAUUAGUGACUUCACUGCUUUUCAAAAUAUAGUCCUGUUUAUUCUAAAUAUGCUUGACAAUGCAGAUUAA